AUGUUUUCUCUCUUUCUUGCCUUUUUGGCCUCGAGGCCAGCUCUAGCUUCCAGGGAUACCUUUUAUCCCCCUCUGAACCACACCACCUACAUCACCGACACCUCGCUAGGACCGUAUGGUGGCAUCUACACCGCGCCUGAGGAUCAUGCCAGCCCACACUCGCAUGACGAUGUCUACAAUUACUGCUCCAUGCCCCAUCCACGCGCAGAAACCUACUCUCUGCCAAGUCCGGUCGCGAACAACUCCGUCUCGGCGCGUCUGGUCUAUCUGGAGUAUCUGCAACGUCACCAACGUCGCACACCGUACAAUAUCCUGCCUGGCGGCGAGAACCAGCCUUACAACUGCGACAAAGUCCACGCUCAUCUGUACGCCGCUCCAGCUCAUGGUGUUUCCCCUGCGCAGAGCUCCGCGGGUGGAGUCCUUCGUGGGAUCUGGCCACACCAUAAAGGUUCUAUCUCGCUACAUCAGCAGGCCUCUGGUAUCGACACGGUCGAUCGUGGGUUUCCCUGUGCUGCGCAGAGUUCACUGCUGUCAACGAUCCAAUCGUCCCCGGAAUGGAAGGAGCAUCUGUCUGUGACGCAGUCGCUGCGGAAUCGUCUCGCUGUGCUCUUUGAUGCCAAUACAUCAAGCUGGAUGUCUACCUUCGAUCACUUCGCCGAUAACUUUCAGGCACGUCUUUGUAAUGGAUACGAGCUGCCCUGUCAGUUGGACGGCUCUGGAUGCGCAACAAUGGACGAUGCGUACACGGUCUUCCGUGCCGGUGACUGGGAAUGGAAUUACUGGUGGCGAUAUAAUGCCAACGCGACGAGAUAUAUCCAGCUUGUAGAGGGGCUGUUCAUCGGUGAGAUAGUGCGGAAGCUGGAGGUGGUGCAGCGGCGGAAUUCCGAACUGGUGUAUAGCCAUACUUUUGUUCAUGAUGGGGAUGGAGACAUCGACGUCGGAACUCUCCGUACUCUAGCCAACCCUACUGAGCCUUCUUGGUUACAAACGUCCAACCUUCCAACCAUCAAUGCCUACCCCGGGGACUUCAGGAAGAAAAAAGCGCGAGCAGUAUUUCUUUCAGACGCGAAAAACCUCCUUCAGGAGGGAGCAAAAAAGUUCAACGGCCCGUUCCGUAUCAUCACCACUCUUGGAUCUCGAGUUAUACUUCCCGAGUCUUGGACUUUAUGGGUGAAGAAUUGUCCGGAUCUUGACCAUCCUCAGCUUGUUCGCGAUACGAAGUUGAAUCAGAGUAGUCACUGGCACCCCAUAGACUUCCCCCAGGACAUGAUCCAUUUCAUCGCCCGCAUAUCAUCAUGUAUCUUCGUCGGACCUGAGCUAUCUCGCAACCCAGAAUGGCAAGACAUUAUCGUCAACUACACCCUCACAUUCUUCUACAGCGUGCGCGCUCUGCGCCACUGGCCCGGCUUCCUUCGUCCUGUCAUCCACUGGGUAGUACCCGAAUGCCGCAGAGCACGGUACCAAGUCCGUCGAGCCCAUGACAUCCUCACCCCUGUCUUGGAGAGCCGAGCAGCGAUGAAACAAGCCGCAAAUGCCGAAAAUUGCAGUUUGAAAUUCGACGAUAGUAUCGAAUGGAUGGAGGAGGUAGCCAGAGGUCGGUCUUUCGACCCCGUAGCUGCGCAGUUGGACUAUCUUGGAUAUAUGUAUGCAUUCGGGGAGCUGAUCCAGACCCUACGAGAGGAAAUUAUGAAUGCGGUCGGGGAAAGUGGAUGGACGACAGCGGGAUUGUUCAAGAUGAAGCUACUUGAUAGUGUCAUCAAGGAGACUCAACGGCUGAAACCUGGUGCUCUAGUGAACCUUGAGCGCAAAACUAUUAAUAAGGUCACUCUCCCGAACGGUAUGGUUCUUCCCUGCGGCACCAGCGUCGCAGUGGAAUGUACCACCUGGUCAGACGCAGAGACGUAUCCCUCUCCUGAGAGGUACGAUGGAUAUAGAUUUUUGAAAAUGCGAGAGCAGGGCGAUACCACGGCGGUUCUAUCGUCAACUAGUCCCAAACAUGUCGCGUUUGGGAUCGGACGGUCGAUUUGUCCUGGGAGAUUCCUCGCAGCCAACGAGGCUAAGAUUGUGGUGGCUAAGAUCUUACUUGAUUAUGAUAUUCGACUGGAGGAGGGGUAUCAGCCUUACGUGGUUCAUUAUGGUUUUGAGAUGUUGAGCGAUCCAUCGGCGAGGGUGGAGGUUAGGAGGCGUUGA